AUGAACUUUACGAAUUCCGUAAACAUUUAUGACCUGCUGGCUGGCCAGUUGAAUGGAAUCGUACAAGAAAAUGGUACUAUAUCUACAAAUGAAAAUAACAUGAUAAACUUUACCCACCCAUAUCCAAAAAACGCCUUAGCUAAUCCAGCACAUAUAGUUCAACCUACCGGGGGACAAGCGGGUUUAGAAGUCAACGGUAGCAUAGGAAAGGUGAACAGCUCAAAUAUACCGGGAGGUCAUGGUUAUGGCGCUUUCAGUGGGGUUAAUGGUAAUAACCUUGCCCGUGUACAGAAUGGAACCUCUAAUUUCUACGAUAAAAGUGGCUACGACGAACAAGCGAACGGUAUAAAAAACGGCAGUAACCUUGCUAGUCUGAUUGGAUUGAAUCCAAUCAACUCUUUUAAUGGUAUGGGUGAGUUGGGAAGUGCAGUUAACAAUCUAGACACCAACAUGGUAGAUAAUUCUGCUUCCCCACCUAACAACAUAAAGCCUGAUACAAUUCAGGAUAACGUGAACGGUAUCACCUCCCAAGUUGGUAAUAAUAUGAAUGGUAAUCUUGGAAAUCCACCGAGUAAUGGAACACCUGGCGGGGUUAUAACCAAUGCAGGUAACGUACACCAUGGUAACAAAAGACUGUCCAUAACGUUCCAUGAUCCUUUUGAUAUAACCUCUUAUCCAAUGACUAAUCCGCCUCUUUUCGACACAACAAUGAUGUUGGGAUAUAAUGAUGGUGUUCCAAGAAGAAGAGGUCUUUCGAUUUCAAAUGGUCAGAUAGGGCAAAUCAUGCAAAACAUAAACCAUGACACUGGAGAGCACAGGAAUGACGAUUUCAUAGAAACAGAAACACAUGUGUCGAAUCAAAGUGCAAAUAACAGACAUCAAAAUCAUCAAAAUCAUAAACAAGUAAUCGCUCACUCAACUGAAGCUUCCCACAACCCACUGCCGGUGCUAUUAAAUGGUAGUAAGAACACUUAUUCUCCAUCUGUCCAACCAAGUGAUGAUGAUCUGCUAACAAGCGCUGCAGGUGUGCCGCCACCUGAUCACCUGCUUAUCUAUAAUAGUGAAGUAAUAUAUAACCCCAACAAUGGACCGAUCCCGGGAACUGCAGCGUGGAAAAAAGAGAGACUCUUGGAACGUAAUAGAAUUGCAGCUUCUAAAUGUCGUCAGAGAAAAAAACAAGCACAGAAGCAAUUGGAGGAUGCCGUACAAGCUUAUGAACAAGAGAUAUCAGGUUACAUGUCGAAAAUCCAAGUUUUCGAGAAACUUUUUACAAUCUAUAACUCUAGUCUAACGUCAUUUUUUCAAUCAGGCUCUACAGAUGAGCUUGAAGGACUUCGCGAACUCGUAGCGUGCGAGAACGUUGACAAAAUCAAUAGUGAAUCGCUAGACUCGAAAAUGCCAAAGAAAUGA